CGCAGGCGCGCUGGGCGGGGAGCGCUGGGGGUGGGGAGCCAGCCGAGGUGCGUUUCAAGUUGCUUUCUGUCCCAGCAGCGGCCGGCGGUGCCCUGAGGGUCCGGCCUGCCGCCUUGUGCCCAGCUAGAUCGGAAAAAAGGGAAAACUUUGUGAAUUGCACCCCCAACUUUUGCGGGGGGACCCCGGCUUGCGGUGCGGAGGGCCGGAGACCGCUCGAGGGGGAGUUCCCUUGUGUAUGGGCCGCGGCGCCCGGGCACCUGCCAGCCCCAACACCCACCCGUCGUGGGCGUCUAGGGGUGGGAGAUCUCUGUUUCGAAAUCAAUAUUGAAAACAACAAGAACCCGGAGUUGUCACGCCGUGCACGCCCCUCUGCCGGCUCCUCCACCCAUGGAGCUCACACAGCCUGCGCAGGAGCUGGGGCUGGGCCAGCAGCUGGCCCCCGGCCCGGGCCCCGGGGACCCCGAAGAGGACGCCGCCGAUGGCUCGGACACGGUGGUUCUCAGCCUGUUCCCCUGCACCCCGGAGCCGGGCAACCCUGAGCCGGAGGCAAGCGUCUCCCCGCUGCAAGGCAAUUCCCUGAAACACUCCACUACGCUCACUAACCGGCAGCGGGGGAACGAGGUGUCGGCGCUGCCUGCCACCCUGGACUCCCUGUCCAUCCAUCAGCUCGCAGCGCAGGGCGAACUGAGCCAGCUGAAGGAGUAUCUUCGCAAAGGCGACAACCUCGUCAACAAGCCAGACGAACGCGGCUUCACCCCGCUCAUCUGGGCCUCGGCGUUCGGGGAGAUCGAGACGGUCCGCUUUCUGCUGGACUGGGGGGCUGACCCCCACAUCCUGGCCAAGGAGCGGGAGAGUGCCCUGUCGCUGGCCAGCAUGGGCGGCUACACGGACAUCGUGGGGCUGCUCUUGGAACGGGACGUGGACAUCAACAUCUACGACUGGAAUGGAGGAACACCUCUGCUGUACGCCGUGCGUGGGAACCACGUGAAGUGCGUUGAGGCCUUGCUGGCCCGAGGCGCUGACCUGACCACCGAAGCCGACUCUGGCUACACUCCGAUGGACCUGGCCGUGGCCUUGGGUUACCGCAGAGUGCAACAGGCGAUGGAGAACCACAUCCUGAAACUCUUCCAGUGCGACCCCGAGUGACCGCCAGGGACCCCACGCGCGGC